CCUAGAUUUUCGAAGCUCUCAUAACUAAGACCGGUCGUAAGAAGUUAUGUCAAAAGUUAAGAUAAUCUUAGCGCGACCAUAAGAGAGAUUUUCGAAACGCUCGUAAGUCUGUCGUAAGGUCAAGGUAGAUACGACAGCUGUCGUAAACCGUAUCCAGGGAAUCCCCGAUGACGUCACGGAAUUCCCCUAUGUAAAUAUAGCAGACGUCAACAUGGACACCAAACGUACCGAAGUUGCCGAAAGCACCUGUGUGAAAAGAGCCAGGAAAGCCAACUGGACGGCCUCCGAGAUGGAGAUUUUAGUCUCGGAGGUCGGUCUACGUUCGGCUGUGCUCUUUUCGAGUUUUACCAGCACUGUGAGUCUAAAGACCAAAAGAAAAUGCUGGGAGGAGGUGGUCGAGAAGUGAGUUGUUUUACUGUCAGCGACCGUGAUAAUGAUUAGAUUUAUCCGGUUUAAAUUAAGAUGCAGUUUGUAAUGUGUUAUAAAGUUAAAUACUGCUAAUUAAUAUAACGUUAUUAAAAAUGUAAUGAUGGAAACAUACAAGUUAAAAAGAUAUCAUAGAUGAGUAAAAUACACUGCCCAAUAAGUUGGCAAUAACAAUAUUGACAAAUUCAUGAUAUUUAUAUAUAUGGCUGACUUUCUUUCCUACCUUAACUAGUACACAGUAUAAAAGUAAUAUAAUGUUAUAUGGUUUUCCUAUAUAUUAAUUAGGUAGAGGUAGCUCUUUCGGGAAAGUGGUAUUUCAUGUAACAUUUUUUGGUAGUUAUUGAAAUUAUGUUGAUGCUACUAAUCUGAUAAGUUUUCACCAAUAUGUCCUGUUUCUCAUUUAGAAUAAAUGCCAACAGCUCUGUAAAAAGAGACUGGGUGGAAAUAAAGAAAAAAGUGGACUGACAUGAAAAGCCAGACAAGGAAGCGGGCAGCUCACUGUAGGCGGGAAAGUGUGAAGACAGGAGGAGGGCAGGCUCCUGUGAUGGAGCUGAAUAGUCUGGAGGAAAUGGUGGUGUCUCUUAUUCCAAAUUGCCAGCUCGAAGGCUGUGAGGGAGGCCUGGAGAGUGAAGAGUGUGUGACUCUAUCAGAGGGCAUUGCUGCCACUCCCCUGCUUGAUGCUACAAUAGCAGACACACAAAUUGAAGCCCUGCAUAUGUCCAGCCCGGAGUCAGUGAAAGAUGCUAUGAUAGCUCUUGAAACGGUUAUGGCAAUUCCAGCUGCAUUAGGAGCCCCAGUUGAGAAACCAAAGGCACAUAAACAAACUCCAGCUUCCACCAUGAGUGGUAGGUUAUUCGAGUAAUAUUGCUCAUGUAAAUAUAAUUUUUCAAUAAUUGCGUAGGCUUUCAAGCAUUGUCAAUAUAGAUCCACAUUCUUUAAUUUGUGAGUGAAUUAAUACAGAUUUGGAAAAAUGUUUCAUUACCUUUUAA